UAUAAAAGAAACGCGAAAUUCAUUUCAUCAUUCCAAUUCACAGUUCUAUUUACACAACCAAUUGCAGAAAAGGUAGGUACAAGACUAUCUUUGGCCGUGUUUUAGGUCUUUAACGUCACUGUUGUGUCUUUGCACCACGCAAAACUCUUUUAAUUAUCUUAAUCCCACACUAUAUGCGACUUUUAUUUAGAAUGAAGCUUUAUAUAGUUCUUGCAUUGAUUGGCAUUUGCGCUUUUGCGCUUGCUGAAGAAGUAGAACAGGAUAGCACAAACGAAUCCACUGAUCUUGAAGAUCCUACUUACUACAGAAGAUGUGGACCAUACAAGCGCUAUAGCUCUGCAACACACUAUUGCUACCGAAACAAACUUUACAGCAGAAAAUAUUAUCGAUAUUGCGGAAAAUACAUCUACAACAUCAGAAGUCACUUCUGUUUCCGUAGACGUGUCUAUGCAAAGAGGCAUUUCCUUAUCUGUGGCUACCGCGUUUGUAACAGACGUACUCAGUUUUGCUGGAAGAAAAGAUGCUACUCAAAAAGAUGGUACCGCAUAUGUGGAUAUAAAGUCUGCAACAAACAUACUCAAUUCUGUUGGAGACGUAAAUGCUACGCCAAGAGAUGGUAUAGAAUCUGUGGAUAUGGGGUUUGCAAUAAACACACUCAAUUCUGUUGGAGACGUAAAUGCUACUCGAAGAGAUGGUACAGAAUCUGUGGAUAUGGUGUUUGCAACAAACACACUCAAUUCUGUUGGAGACGUCGAUGCUAUUCGAAGAGAUGGUACAGAAUCUGUGGAUAUGGUGUUUGUCACAAGCGAACACAUUUUUGUCACCGUCGCCGAUGUUACAGCAAGAAAUUGUACGGCUAUUGCGGUAAAUCCAUCUACCGAAAAAGUAGCUACCGAUGUUCCUACAACAAACUUCAACCAUACAAGCCAUACUAAAUGAAAUGCUGUAAAUUUUAUUAGGUGUUGGUUAAAUAUAUAAA